AUGUCAAACGGUAUUAGUUAUACUAUCGAAGGAGAAGAUCACACUUUUGCUAACCCAUUAAGACAUGUUAUUGCAAAUUUACCAGACACAGAUUUGUGCGGAUAUAGUAUUCCUCAUCCAAGUGAUACAAAAGUUGUUUUCAGAAUUCAAACACAAAAAUCAAGCAAAAAAACUCCUUUUGAUGUAAUGGAAGAUGGUUGUAAAGAACUUAUUAGACAAAUGGAUGAAUUAAAUGAACUUUAUGAAGCUGCUUUUUAA